AUGGCCACAACCAUCCUGCCUCAUUCGAUGUCAACAACGCAGUUGUCAGCUCUUCCUGAUGCCGUCUCAGAGCAAGAGGCUGAGGACCUGAGGAGCAUCGUGGCGCAGCUCGAAGCCAUGCAGGCACAGCAGCGGUCCCCGCAGCAGCCCAACCUGAAGCUGGACGGGCUCAUCUUGCAGCUGAUUGUUGGACACCCAGAGCGGCGACAUCGCAUGGCAGUGAUGACAAAAUCCGCGCUGCUGCGCAAGAAGAUCCUCAGCAUUGUCCCACCGGGUGGGCGAGCUGUUGGCGCGGCAGUUCUGGGCUCCACCUAUGAAUGGCGCCAGCGAUCCCUGCCAGAUGUAUUCUCCGAUUGCAACUGGCCAAAGGCAUCUCACAAUGCUUACGGUAUUCAUCACUUGCCUGGUGGAGGAAGCCAUCAUGAUCGACUUCUCAGAAGCCCUGCUGACAAGAGGACGCAUCAUCCACUCCUCCCGAGCUCAGAAUUUCAUUCCUUUCCAAGGGCGAAGCGCUUCCCCGGAACACAUGGCAAUGGUGAGUUGAACCCGGAAGAGGUGCAGAAGAGGGCCGUUCCAGGGCCGGGCACCUACAUGAAAUCAGUUCCGGGCGGCUCAGCCUUCUCGGUAGACGGUGGUGAGACUGUGAUUCUCGGAGCAAACCACACCUAUCCCUGGAAGAAGGCCUUAGGUAGACAGAUCAACCCCAUUGAGUCCGACGCAACAAACCUUGUGUCUGCUCCGUGCUACACGUUCGCAAAGACUCGACGCACGGUUUCGGACACCGCCGCGGGACAUGGGCUUCAGGAUGGCGGCCCCGUGAAGACGGACACCGGUUGCUUGUCACCAGGGUUCGUGUACGAGCUCCACUCGACGAUGCGUCCACUCUAUGGCAAUCGCACGCUCGACGGAACCCAGUCCUGUGUCAGGAGAAAGAUUCGCCAGCGGCUGAAGGAUGGCCACGUCAAGCAACGCGUGCGCUGCAUUCCCAUGCCUCUGGAGGCACCAACGGAGCCGGAGUGA